AUGGAUCAUUAUGGCAGAGUCCUUACCGCAGAGGAAUUCCAGCUUCUGCAAGAACAAUUCAGUUUCUUACCGGAGCAUGGUGUGAUGAUUCCAGUGGAGGGAUCAUCGAUCUAUGACUGUCCUCUAGGGAAAGUGGGGCAUAGGCAAUGGUUUUGGGUCAACCAAAACCUUGUGGCGCAUGGGUUUCUUAAAACCCGAGACUUUCCUGAUCAUCUUCCCAAGUUAUUCGGGGAUAACUUAACUCUUGGCAAACGAUUGGGAAACAUUAUUGUCAUCAAGGAGAACUGGGAAGAUUUCAUCCUUGCCGCAACUGGUGCCGAAGUUGAGAUUUCCUUGGAGAUGGGCCUGCGUGGUCACUAUCGGGGUAAGCUUUGUCAAUGGGAGGUUGAUCUUGUGGAGGCUCUUCCCCCUCCUGUGUCUGAAAAACGUAUACAAGAGCUCGCUAGAUUGCUCUCAACAGAAGGGAGAAAUGCUAAUUCUGGCGGACCUGCCUCGCCUUCCCAUCCGGUUGUUGGGGCCAUUUUCCCUGCUCAUUUUCCGUCCUCUUCUUCUGCCUAUAUUCCUAUGACUGAAUCCGAUGACGUGGGCCUCCGUCCUCGUAAGAUGCGCAACACGGUGUCCGUGCCCAAGCUUCUUGGAGUUGAUCCUGGUUCCUAUUUCGUGCUUGGGGGUGCACCGGGCAUGUCAGGAGAUUCUUCACCAUCGGACAAACCUUCCAUGGUUGAUGAAGUGAGAACUGCGUCCUCCCCCUUGGCUUCCGAGGCUUAUGCUUUAGGUUGGGUGGUUACUAAGGAUUCCUUACUGUCAGAAUACAUCGCUGCCCUGGAAUGGAAUAGUCGUGCCCAUCCACCGGCCACAAUGAAGUUAUUUGCGGCCCAAUCGGGAACUCGCAUGGCCGUUGACCUUUGA